AUGGCCACUCACCUGGAGCUGCCCGCUGGUGGGAGGAUGCCCAUCCUGGGACUGGGGACCUGGCAGUCUCUGCAGGGGGCAGCCAGGGAUGCAGUGAAGUUUGCCAUCGACGUGGGGUACCGGCACCUGGACUGUGCCCACAUGUACCAGAACGAGAGCGAGAUCGGGGACGCGCUGCGGCAGAAAAUGGAGCAGGGCGUGGUGAGGAGAGAAGAGCUCUUUGUGGUCAGCAAGCUCUGGUCCACCUUCCACGAGAGAUCCCUGGUGAAGGAGGCGUGCCAGAAAACACUUGCUGCCCUCCAGCUGAAUUAUCUGGAUCUCUACCUGAUGCACUGUCCCAUGGGAUUCAAGGCAGGAGAGGAGCUAUUUCCUGCAGAUGGAAACGGCAUGAUCAUUCCCAGCGAUACAGAUUUUCUGGAUACGUGGGAGGCUAUGGAAGAGCUCGUGGAUGUGGGAAUGGUGAAGGCUAUUGGAGUCUCCAACUUCAACCACAAACAGAUCAAUCAGCUCCUGGGCAAACCAGGCUUAAGACACAAACCUGCAAACAAUCAGAUUGAGAGCCACCCCUAUCUUCCUCAGGAAGAGCUGAUUAAGUUUUGCCAAUCCAAAGGGAUCUCUGUCACUGCAUAUUGUCCCCUUGGAGCACCCAACUGGCCAGGGUCCAAGCCUGACCAUAUUUCCCUUCUUGAUGAUCCUCAAGUUAAGGAAAUUGCACUCAAGCACAACAAAACCCCAGCUCAGGUGCUUAUCCGGCUCCAAAUCCAAAGAAACGUGAGUGUCAUUCCUAAAUCCGUCACUCCUCAGCGUAUUGAAGAAAAUUUUAAGGUGUUUGACUUUGAGCUGACUGGAGAGGAGAUGGAGACCCUCCUUGGUUUCAAGAAGCGCUAUCGCAUCUGUGCGUUAAGCCAAUGCAAAAAUCACAAGGACUAUCCUUUUUUAGAAGACUGACAGAGACAUCAGCUUCAGAUCCUCUGGAGGAUCCAGACCAUUUAUUGUUAUUUCAAGCAAUUUGCAAUACUUUCUGCAUUAAGUCAUAGAUAGAAGGGGAAUAUGUAUUUAAAAAUGGGAGAAGGUAACUCACAGAUAUUCUGAAGAGUCAUCUUUGAACAUGGAUACAUUUGCUUCGCUUUUUAUCAACCAGUUUUCCUUUAUCUGCUCUUGUAACACGAUUUUCAGUUGCAGCAAAAUAUAUAUUCUCUCAUAAUUUAGUAAUGAUAAUGAGGUUUAAUAAAGCCAUAAAUUGGG